AUGUCCGUUACAUUCAGUGGAUGGGAAACAUAUUGUGAGACGGAAAAACACCUGAAAUCUGGCCAAGCACCAAAGCGGGGCCAUGGCUACAUUAUGUACCAUGGUACACACAAAACCAGUGCUCAUGCCAUUAUUACUUCAGGAUUUAAACCUUCUGCCGGAGGAACCUUGGGCCCUGGAGUGUAUUGUAGCAGAGACAUCAACAAGGCUUUAGGGUAUCCUUCAUUUUGCUCUCCAAAUGAGAGGGUUGUCCUCAAACUCCAGGUGAAGGUGGGGAAGGUAAAACGAAUAGACGCUCAGAGCAUCCACCUAGUGACCAGCUGGCAUCAGAAUGGAUAUGACACAGCUUGGCUCCCUGCAUCCAUGGGGCGCUAUGAAGAGGACUGUGUUUGGGACCCCAAGAGACUCACCGUGAUGGGCAUAGCACACUGCACUGAUGUAAACACUAAGAGUGCCCUGGAGGGCCUCAUGAAGCAAAAAGAGAAGGAUCAAGCCCAAGAUCAGCAGCAGAUCCAGUGUAAAAUCUGCAAAAAGCAAAUGGAGGAAACCCAUGCCCUAGAGAAGUGCUGGACCUGUGCAGCAACUAUUUGCCCUUUCAUGGAUAGGCACCUCUGUCGCAUAAGGACAUGA